GGCAGUGAACCCUCAGUGUUUUCAAUAUGGCGGACCCACUGAGUUUACUACGCCAGUACAAUGUCAAUAAAAAGGAGAUUAUUACCAAAGUAGACAACAUAAUCUUUGGAGAGUUCUCAUGGCCGAAGACAGUGAAGACUAAUUACUUGGUUUAUGGUUCUGGCAAGGAUGGAGCUCCCAAAGAUUACUACACAUUGGAAUGUCUACUCUUCCUCCUCAAGCAUGUCAGCCUUACACAUCCUUCAUAUGUGCGGAAAGCUGCUGCUGAGAAUAUUCCUGUGGUACGUCGUCCAGAUCGUAAAGAACUUUUGGCAUACCUCAAUGGGGAGACUUCGACAGCCACAGCCAUUGACAAAUCUGCACCUUUGGAAAUUCCCACACAGGUAAAGCGAACUGUGGAGGAUACAUCAGACAGCGCUGCUAAGAAGCCACGUUACGAUGACAGUGAUGUACAGAAAAUUAAAGAACAGCUUGCCCUUCGCUUUGAUGCACCAAAGAAAUCAUCCAUUGUCAGCAACAUUGAUAGGUCCUUGUCUGAAGCUAUGUCAAUUGAAAAAAUAGCAGCUAUCAAAGCAAAGCGUCUGGCUGUUAAGAGAACAAUGAUCAAGGAAGAUGACGAUGAUUUUGGCCUUGGUACAGACCUGCGUGGUAUGCUGGAAUUUGACAUAGAUGUUACUAAAGAUAUCACAACAAAGGAGCGCCAGUGGAGAACCAGAACAACUAUUCUUCAGAGUUCUGGCAAGCAAUUUGCAACAAGCAUAAUGGGACUUCUGAAGUCAAUCAAGGCUCGUGAGGAUGGUCGACUAAGAACAACAGCACCCAACCCUGUCCCAACACCAGUAUCAAGAGUACAACAACAGCCUGCUGGUUACUCACGAUACGACCAGGAAAGGUUUAAGGGCAAAGAAGAAACUGAGGGCUUCAAGAUCGACACAAUGAGAACCUACCACGGUCUCUCUCUAAAGAGUGUGACUGAGGGCAGCCAGAGUCAUAAGAUGGCUCCACAGCCUGAUCUAACUCCUCAAACAAAGCCUGUACCUGGUCAGCAGAUGAAGAAGCCUUCACGUACUCCAAUCAUUAUUGUACCCAACUCUCCAACAUCAUUAAUCACAAUGCUUAAUGCUAAGGAUCUACUACAAGAUAUGAAAUUUGUUACUUCUGAAGAGAAACGACAGCAAGGCACCAAACGUGAAACAGAGAUUCUUAUUCAGCGGCCCAAAGCUGGUGGUCUCACUGUACCUUACCGUGUCACAGACAACCCUUCCAAACUCAACUAUGCUGAAUGGGACCGUGUUGUAGCUGUAUUUGCCAUGGGUCCAGCUUGGCAGUUUAAGGGCUGGCCACAUGAGGGCAAUCCGGUAGAGAUUUUCAAUAGAAUUUGUGCAUUUCACAUCAAGUUUGAAGAAAUGAAUUUAGACAACAACAUUUCAAAAUGGGCAGUGCAUAUCAUCAAUUUGAGCCGUGUCCGUCGACAUUUAGAUAGAGCUAGGUUCUUGGAUUUCUGGGAAAAACUUGAUAGAUACAUAUCGUUGAAGAAACCACACCUGCGGUCUUAAGCAACACAGUGUGGUUUAUUUUGUUCAACAAGUCUCAUCUGCGAUGGUAGUGUGUAUCUAGCAGAGCCUCACACGGGAGAAACAAUUACAGAAUGCUCUGUUGCAAGGAUGAAUAUCGCCUUUUAUCAGCCAUCAGUCUGAUCGCUGAGUCUUGACACUUCCAGAAAUUAGAAAAUUUCAACAUGAGGAUACAAUAUACGUAGUGUAUUUUUAUUUGUUAAAUGUUAUCUUUGAUUUGUUUAUUAAAAAUUUACAAUUUGGUUAUUAAUUUACAAAGAAGAGAGAAAAAUGUGUAGCUUGUACUGUAUUUUGUGUUCAAAAUAAGGAUAAUUUUGUUUUUGAGGUUGUUAUUACUGGAGAACCUGUAAUAAGACUGUUAAGAGAAUAAAACCUCAACAGUGAAAGCCAUGACUUAUAUAUGAAGUUUAUGUCAAGUGCUUUGCUUGUCUUCAAGAUUUAGUGCUAUUCCCACCUCCAAGAAACAAUAUAAGUUAUAAAAUUAGACUUGGCAGUGUUUGCCUCUUGACACCCCAGUUGAUUAGUAAAGCCUUGGUGAUAAAUGAAAGCAUUCUAAUAAUUUUAAGUUAUUUGAAGAGAACCAAACCCCUCCAGCAGAGAUGUAAAGCUGGGAGAAGUACAGGGUGUUCAUAAGUUAUCUAAUCCAAUUUACAAAAUAAUCUACUGUAGUAGAUUUCCACAAUUGCACCAUUUUCUUUAUAUAUUACUUUUGAAGUUAAGUUUUAAAAUGGAUCAGAUAAUUUAUGAGCAUUGUGUCCAAGUUCACGUGCUUGUUGUUAAUGAGCCAGGGAAAUUCUAAUAUCCUAUAGUAAUGUGAGGAUCCUAUCAGCUGGAAUGAGUUACAAUUCACUAUGAUCACUGGAAUGUCACAAAACUAUUGUUCUUUUAGAGAAAUCGUUAGAAGGUCAAGUGAUUGUGUGUGUGAAUGUAAGUUCUACAACUGAUAGCAGCACUUCACUUGCCAGUGCUGGGUGCCAUAUUCCCCACCAAAUUGACAGAGGUGAAUUUCCCAUUUGUGACAAGCAGUGUUUCUCCUUACUGUUUUAAAUAAUAAAAAAAUUAAUAUCAAAGGGUUUAAUGGGUAGAAUUUUUUAUUGAUUGAUUACUGGCUUACACCAUGCCAUCAUUAUGACACAUGUAUAGAUUAGGCAGGUCUUGUGCUGGGUAUUAAUUAACAAAACAUCUGGAAAAUACAAAGGUGUCACUACCCAAUCACCACAUUGUCACUGGAGCACAGUAGUAGUGGAAAUUACAACUGAUUUAAUAGAUAUUCUCCAGACAAGAACAAUAUGCUGCUUUAUAUUGCCAAUUUCCUUGGACUAGGAGAGAGUAGCCUAAUUUUGGAAAGUUUAUUUAUUUAUUGGUAUAUAUACCUAUAGUAGUAUUGUGUUGCUGUGGGAUUUACACAGCUUACCAAAGGAAAGAUUUAUGUACGGGGUAUUAUUAAUUAUAUCUCAACAAAUGAGGAGUACAUUGUAUUGCUGCUUGUAAGUUUCUUCCAGAAGAGAAUGAAUUCCCUACCAUGAGAUAGUCUCUAAAUUGAUAAUGGAAAGUUUCAUCAGUUACCCACUGAACUAUAUUUGUUUUAGACUCCUACUGUACGUUUGACGUAUCACCGAUUUGUGUUGAAAUUCAAACUCUAAACAGCAUUAAAACGUAUUGUAAGUGAAAAAUGUAUUUAUGAUUAAGAAUUAGAAUGAUUUACUUAUGGGCAGACAAUUUUUUAAAGUAAACAUUGAAAAUUUAGGGCUAAGGUGGCUCAACAUUCAUACUUUAGCCCCUACUAGACUGAGCUCAGGUAUAAGGAGAUUACAGUCAAGAUGUCAAAAUUAUGAAACAGAAGUUUUGGGUGUAUUGUAUUAUCAGUUUGUGGCAGUUUACUUGUAUAUAUUUACAUUAUAUAAUUAUGUGAUAUAUAAACAUGAAAUAAAGAAAUUUAUUUAGUUUGGUAUGCUAGUUAUUGAUAGCAAUUUUCUCCAGGUUGUGCUUAUUUUUGUUGUAGAGAGACUGAGAAUUAAUGGUGCUCAAACAAUAAUCUCCACAAUGCUUUCCAAGGUUCUGUCCUAUAUAGUUGCAUAAAUUUUGAUUUAUCAUAAUACAGAAAUGAGGAACGAAUUGAGUAUUAAUUCCAUAUUUUAGCAACUGAAAUUUAAGUUUCUUGGAGGUGGGAACUUUAAAAAAAAGUUUGUUUCUGUAUUUUGUUGGAUCAGUAUAUAAGCUUGCAUUUGACUCUGUAUUUCUGUAAUACAUUUGUGAAGCAAGCAUUUAAAAGGUUAUAAAUGAGGAUGGUAAGGGGUCAUAAGUUGCUCCCAUGGACUAUGCAUAUAUAAUUUAUUUGUAUUUGGAGUAUUUAUAUCCUGUCAUUUGAAUAAGAGCCAUUACACGUACAUUGUGGGACAGUAAACGUAGGUUGAUGCACGGUACAUGUUAUCUGAUUUUGAUGUGUUGAUGAACCCCAGAUAAGCAGCUGGAUGUUCUCACCUCUUACAGUGAAGUGGUGCCCCCACUCUCAUAUGUAGAAGAUGGACAGUUUAAGAAUACAUGUAAAUAGUUUUAUAGGAGAUAAUUUUUGAUUUUGCAAAUUGUCAAACUUAUUGUAAUUAAAUAAAAUAUAAAAGAUCA